UCCAGUAUCAGCACUCUAUCGCGGGCCAUCCUACCUCAUUUAUGAUAAUUUAGGGGAGAAAGGGCAGGCUUCUGCUAACUGCAUAAAUACAAGGGAAGCACCCAUUGGGGUCUGUGGGAGAGAAAAAGCCAAAACAGUUUUGGUUGUGCCAUUCCAGAGGGGGGGUAAUCAGUAGUUGGGUAAGGAAUAGUUAAUCAGAAAAGUGCCUCUCUCACUGUGCACAUUACAACAAAGGGCUGGCAGCUCCCUGAAGGAAAAGGGCUUGUGUUCUGCCGUUCAAACUUGUCAGUCAGCUCGUGCCCAGCACCCCGUGCGUCUGCCUCCCCAGCACACCCUCAUUCCAUGUGUGUGUCUGGCCUGCUCUGUUCUUCUGUUCAGAGACGCUCCCGACAACUCCGGAUUUUUGCGCUUUUUCGCUUGCUGUGGAAUUAGAGGAGAUCCAUUACAGCUUAUUUUCUGUCACCCUCCCCCGCCCCCCUACUGCCACCGCCACCACACCCCAUCAGACAAGAAGGAGGAGGAGGAGGAGAAAGAAGAAGAAGUAGAAGAGGAAGAGGGGGCUUCUUACUUUAUGGUAGCUUCACAUUUAAGGUUCCCCCAACCUUGAUCUCUAGAAUGGAAGAGUCUGAACUGGUGAAGGAGAGACUCCAAGCCAUCACAGACAAAAGGAAAUUACAAGAAGAAAUCUCACAAAAGCGCCUGAAAGUAGAGGAAGAAAAGUUAAAACAUCAGCAUUUGAAGAAAAAAGCCUUGAGAGAGAAAUGGCUCCUGGAUGGAAUAAACAGUGGAAAAGAACAGGAGGAAAUGCAGAAGCAAAAUCAACAAGACCAACACCAAACCAAAGUUCUAGAACAAAGCAUCUUGAGACUUGAGAAAGAGAUUGAAGAGCUUGAAAAAGCAGAAUUGAAAAUCUCAGCUCAUGAAGAGGCAAUUUUAAAGAAACUAAAAUCAGUUGAGAGAACAGCAGAAGACAUUAUAAAGUCUGUGAAGGUGGAAAAGACAGAAAAACCAGAAGAGACCAUUGAAGACAUUUACGCCAAUAUUCCUGAUCUUCCAAAAUCGUAUAUACCAUCUAGAUUAAGGAGGGAAAGAGAUGAAGGAAUAGAAGAGGAUGAGCAAAAUAGAAAAGCUUUGUACACCAUGGAAAUUAAAGUUGAAAAAGACAUGAAGACUGGAGAGAGCACAGUAUUAUCUUCAAUACCUCUCCCAUCUGAUGACUUUAAAGGUACAGGUGUAAAAGUUUAUGAUGAUGGCCGAAAAUCCAUCUAUGCAGUCAGCUCCAAUCACCAUGUUGCACAUAAUGGCACUGAUGAUCUAGCACCCAUUGAGGUGGAGGAACUUUUAAGACAAGCCUCAGAGAGAAACUCUAAAUCACCAACCGAAUACCAUGAGCCUGUAUACGCCAACCAGUUUUGUAGACCUUUAACCCCACAGAAAGAAGGUGUAACCACUGGACCAAAUGUUCCAGAAAGGAUGCACAUUCAAGCUAAUGGACUAGGCAGUAGUUUAAAUGGUUCUUCACACAGCUUGGGAAAUGGCUUUCAGAAGGAUAAUCAUCUCAGCACCACGAGACCAAUACCACGCCCCAGAUCAAUGGUUCAGCAGACAGAGGAUAGCCUUUGUACCCAUCCAAAGAUGAUGCCGUCUUGGGAAGAAACAAAUGUGAUGCAGGAAGAAUGUGUACCCUCAUCCAAGGCAAGAGAGAGCCCCCAAGGGUCAUCCAUUAGGAAAUCAGUAUACCCAUGUUCUUCACCAACUUUCCAGGAAAAUGAGGAAGACAUCAAAUACAAUGUUGUUCAAUCCAUGCCUUGUAAUGUAGAUGACUCAAAACCUGUUACCAUGAUUUUCAUGGGGUAUCAGCAAGCAGAGGAGGGUGAUGAAGAAGGAAAAAAGCUCCUAACAGGGUAUGAUGGAAUCAUCCAUGCCGAGCUGGUGGUGAUUGAUGAUGAUGAAGAAGAGGAAGGAGAAGCUGAAAAACCGUCCUAUCAUCCAGUGGGCCACUACAGUAAGGUUUACCAACCUGCUAAGCCAACACCACUCCCCAGGAAGAGAUCAGAAAUCAAUCCACAUGAAAAUUCAAGCCAUCAAUCACCUCAAAAAAAGUCCAUAGCCUUGAAUGAACAAAAGGAAAGCUUAAAUCAUCCUAUCCACCAUCCUAACCUUGAUGGCCACAGAGCUGGAGAUGGGACAGAGGAUCCUUCCCUUACAGCACUAAGGAUGAGAAUGGCAAAACUGGGGAAAAAGGUGAUCUGACAGAUGCUUAUGUACAUAACUAAGCAUCUCUGAAAGAAGAAAUUGAAGAAAGUCCUCACAUUCUCUUCUGGAUAGUUUUGCUUUUUUUCUUCCCUUGAAUUCCAUACCCAAAAUGGCAUGAUGUAUGUAUAAAAACAUACACAUGUUAUGUACAUAGAUUCAAUAUAAUACAUGCAUAUAAUGCCAUGCAUUCAUGGUCACCAUUAUUUGUUAAAAAAUAUGGAUAUCUGGAACAAACAAAUGUUCACCUGUUGCAGUUAAAUGAUAUGCUUUAAAUGGGAAAAUUCCAGCAUAUUUUUAUUGAAUUGAUACCAAAGCAUUUCUAAUAAGAGCUUGUAAAAGUUAAAAAUAAAGUUAUUUAAAAUAGAAAUUCAAUUGAGUAACUCUGUUACUAAUUGGUACUGUCAUUUUUUAGUUGGAGGAUAUAUCAUCCUCCUGUGGUUUCAUCUAUGUCAAGAUCUCCUUCUGUGGAAAGUCUCUUUCCCUACACAGUUCAGCUACCCAUCUACGACUUUUAAAGAUUGCCUAAGGACAUUGAGAGUUUAAGUGACUUGCUCAGGGUUACACAACUAGUAGAUAACAGAAAUAGGAGUUGAACCCAGAUCUCCCUAACUCCAUAAUCAGACCCUCUCCAACACUAAACUCUCAUUUUGCUCAUGUGAAAACUGGAGUCCUGUGUUCUUUUUACAAGAAAUCUAUACACUUAGUCUUUGGAAAUAUGGAAAUCACCUUGAAUUAGUAAAAUCAUAAGGAAACUGGGGCUACUUCCAGAAGACUAACUGGCCCAGUUUGUUAGAGAUCUGUACCCUAAAGGCACAGACAAGAUCUGUCCUAGAGAUAGGACAUGACUUUACCAAACAUAAUUUGACAUUUUCUUCUAACUCGAGUCAUCAUCCUUUCAUGCACACUCUCAAAAAAAUACAAAGAUUGUCCAAGCACAACUGGAAUAUUUGAUUCUGUUUCAAGAAAUGGGUCUUAAAUUCCUAGAUCCCCAAAAUAAUGAAGGAUACAACAAACAGCUAAUGAUUGUUUUAAUUAGGUUUAGACAAAUUCAAAUGAAUAAACCUCAAACAGCCAAAGUUAUGAAAAACCAGAACAAACAUAGGGAUGACUUGUAUACCAAUGUCAAAAAUUUCAAAUUCCAUUGUAACAGAAUUGCACAAAUAAAUAAAUUGCAUUUUUCUUUACCUGGGACAACUUCACAGAGGUCAGUUUGCAUAUGUACAUUAAUUUAGUCUUUAUAAACUUCUUCAAGAUUUUUAUGCAAAAGACAUAGUUUCUAGGUUACCUGGAAGGUUCUAAGUCAGGCCUAAUAAUUGGAGCAGCAAUGAAUGCAUU